GUUUGAACGCGUCCUUCGGACCUCGCAGAGUGAAUCGCACUUGUCACCAGGUUGCCACAACUUGGAGCGAAGGUCACAACACGGAAGGGAAACUGCAGCAUAAUAUUAGUGAAAUAUUCCGUUUAUUUGUACUAAUGCUGGGACGUUGUUAGGCUCUUAGUACAUUUAUUUCUUAGCGUGCCUCUGGUCUUCUCUCCGGCUGACCAAUGCUUCUGCAUCAGUUCAUGAACGGAGCCCUGGACGUCAUGCAUCCCUCACCGAUCCAGAAAGACACUACUUUUACCAAAAUCUUCGUCGGUGGGCUGCCAUACCACACGACCGAUGCCUCACUGAGAAAAUACUUCGAGGCCUUUGGGGACAUUGACGAGGCUGUGGUGAUAACGGACAGACAGACCGGUAAAUCCAGAGGAUACGGCUUUGUGACCAUGACAGACCGAGGAGCAGCUGAGAGAGCCUGCAAGGAUCCCAACCCCAUCAUUGACGGCAGGAAGGCCAAUGUGAACCUGGCCUACCUGGGUGCCAAACCCCGCAGCAUACAGACAGGCAUAUCCAUCGGAGUGCAGCCCAUCCACCCAGCACUCAUCCAGAGGCAGUAUGGGUUGGCCCAGCAAUACGUCUACCCACAAGCCUAUGUGCCGCCCAGCCUGGUGAUGCCCACUCAGGUUUCCAACUCUCUCAGCAGCAGCCCCUACAUGGACUACAGCGCAGCCUACACCCAGUACGCCCAGGCAGCCUUUGAGCAGCAGUACCCGUACGCCGCCUCCCCAGCUGGCUUCCUUGGCUACAGCUACGCCACCAGCCCCACAGCCUCCACCGGUCCGGGCACCGCCGCCACAGCCCCGGCUACCGUCCACUCCACCCUCCCCUCCGCCGCAGGCCCGGCCCAGGCCUUCCUACACUACGCCCCGCAGCAGCACAUCCAGCCGGACCGCAUGCAGUGAGCCUGCGAAGGAAGCGGAGGAGGAGGAGCGAGUAGUGGCUGCAGACCUUUUGGACAGAGGAUGGCAAAGCGCCCUAAAGGGUGAUCCAGCUAUCGUCAGCAAAGGCUUUCAGGAAAAAGCGAUGGGUCUAUUGCACUAUAGGAUCAGGAUGAGCUGCUGGCUAAUUGGUUAGAGGGUAAAAGGGUUGGGAGGGGCUGGAGGACUGACAAGGUUCAGGUUAGGAAGCUAAACAGCAGAAAAUAUGUGGUCGCUUUGAAGGGCUUCCAGAAGCUGACACUUCAUUUUUUAUUAUUAUUAUUAUUAUUUUUAUCGCCCUUUAUUAUUGUAUUAAUGUCAUUGUCAAUAUUUGUUUGUAUGCCUUUAUUAUCAAUGUUAUCAUGUUUAUGGCUCAAUCAGAUGUGUGUCCACGGUACAUAUUGAUGAGUGGAAAGCCAUCUGGGACAUGUCACACCUCUUUCCUCCCGUCUCCAGAGUAUCUGGGGCGACUACGAAGGGCACUGCUGCUUUAGGACACUUGGGAACAGUCAGAUAUUGGGCGCAUGUCGAAGACAGGGUGGUGAUUUGGGGAGGCAUACUGUGUGCCUCUCAGCCUCUCAUCUGUGAUCCCAUCCUGGUGUCAUCCACAGUGAGAUAAAGCACUGUCUGCACCACGAACAAACUCCACAUCACAGGAGGGUGAUGAGAAAUUUUACAAGACAGUGGGCGCUCCAUUGUUUUGAGACUGAUGUCAGGAACACACUUUUUUUUCUUUUCUUUUUUUUUCACUUUUUAAAAAAAAAAUAAAUAUUCUUAUUGAUUAAAGAGGCCUUAAUAAAAGAGAAACUUCUUUUAGAAUCUCCUGAUUUUUCAAGCGCUCCCCACCACCGAACCAAGUGCAGAGAGCCCUUUGUAACUGGCCUUUCAGCAGUCAGUCACAUUAAUCUGGCUUACUUGGGUCUUGAUAAUUUCAAAUGGAUCUAUAUAAUCACAUGCAGUAUGUGGGUGAUGGGGGGCCAGGAGUUCUGUGUAUCCUUGUUUAAAGGUAGCUGACACUGAGCUCAAACACCAGUGUAUUUUUUUCCUUCUCAUUUUCUCACUGAGAUUGUCACAAAUUGUUGCUCUCUAAGGACAUUCAUGUACAGCAAUUUGAAAUGUUUUCAGUCAUCAAGUACAUUUACAAUAUUUAUAUGUAGGUAUUUAUAUGAGGUACUAAGUUAAAAUAGCUUAUUGUUUUUGUUACUAUGACUAUAGUUGUGGCACUGAUGUCAUUUAACCUGCAGAGGCAUACCUGCAGAUCUGCAGGUGUCAUGUUCAUUUAGUUUUUUGUCCUUUAAGUCACCAUGUCCGAGGAUUUGCCCUGGUGCACAACAGUAGAUGCUCAUUUGUCGCUCCUGUCUGGUUGCAUCAGAAACUCUAGAUUUUUUCACUAAAGAUGUCUUUUACAGUCAAAGAAGCCAUACCAAAAAAAUUAAAAUAAAGACUUUGUACUUAAAGAUGCCUGUUGACGUCUUCUUUGAUUGUUUAAAUGAAUCCUGUCCAAAGUUCACAA